AUGAGGAACCUCAAAAAGAUAGAGAGAACAUAUCAGAGAGAGAAGGAGGAGGGCCAUAAGAUCAUCCACAUUGGUAAGACCUGUUGUCUCUUCUACACACACAUAAGUUCCACACCAGUCAUCAUGUUGCAUCAUUGUUUCAAUAUAAAACUACUGACCCAAAAUGGACAAGUUGAUCUGGUAUCAACUUAAAUGUAAUGUACACAGGGAAUGUAGAAUUGAAAACCCAACUGGAUCUCAAUGACCCUGGUAAAAAGUAGUGCACCAUAGCCUUUUGGGGGCCCUAAGCAACAUUUUGUUUAGGUUUUUGAGUACAUUUCCUCCAAAUAUACGCAUUGCAAUGGGAAGAGAAAAUAUUGCAGUUUUUAAACAAGUUUGCUGCAAUUCUACCAUGGGGUGGAGAGAAGAUUUUACAAUUAUAGAAAACAUUUCAUGCAAUUUUACACAUUUUGCCAUGGGGUGGAGAGAAGAUUUUGCAGUUUUAAAGAUAAUUUCCUGCAGUUCUAAACAUUUUGCCAUGGGGUUGAGUGAAAACUGCAGUUUGAAAUCUAAUUUCCUUAAAUUCUACACAUUUUGCCAUGGGGUUGAAAGAAAAUGUUGCAGUUUUAAAGCUAAUUACUGGUAGUUCUGCACAUUUUGCCAUGGGAUGGAGAUAAAUGUUUGCAGUUUUUAAGCUAAUUUCCUGCAAUUCUACACAGUUUGCCAUGACUAAUGCCAUGUUAAGAUGAUAUCUGAAUGAGAGUGAUUAACAAUAUAAAUGGUGGCUCACUGCAGGUCAAGGCCCCUGGGCACGUGCCCUUCGUGCCUGGUCCAUCAUUCGAUCAUGAUUACUGCAAGUUUAGAUAGCUGGCUAGACUAAUUUACCAAUCUAAAAUAUGUUAGCUAACAUGGCUAAUUGAGUGACUGACUGACAUACAAGAAAAAUACUGCUGAUUUAACAACCAGGAAUUAUUGCACUUUAUUGACAAAUACCAUGCCUUGCUCAAUUGAAAAGAGUAUAGAAUCAUUGAGAUCCAAUUGGGGGUUCUGUUCUUAAUUCCCUGUGUCCACCCCAUCCUUUUUACGCUGCUGCUACUCUGUUAAUUAUGUAUGCAUAGUCACUUUAACUCUACCCACAUGUACAUAUUACCUCAACUACCUCAACUAGCCGGUGCCCCCGCACAUUGACUCUGCAACGGUACCCCCCUGUAUAUAGCCUCCCUACUGUUAUUUUAUUUUACUUCUGCUCUUUUUUUCUCAAUACUUUUUUUGUUGUUGUUUUAUUUUUAAAAAUAAAUGCACUGUUGGUUAAGGGCUGUAAGUAAGCAUUUCACUGUAAUGUCUGCACCUGUUGUAUUCGGUGCAUGUGACCAAUACAAUUUGAUUUGAUUUGAUUUGAUACCUGAUCCCCUAAGUUGAAUGUGAACUCUGCUUCUUCUCCCCUCCCAGUCAUCCCUGGACACACAGUGCUAACAACCCACAUCACCAGGGCCGAGAGAGAGAGGGAGAAGAGGAAGGAGCUCCUGAAGGAUGAGGAGAUAAGGAAGAAGCUGGAGGAUUAUAAUAAGCAGUGGAGAGCGCAGUCCCUGCUUAGAAAACAACAUCAACGUAAAGAGGAGAGGGAGAGGAUGAAGGAACAGUCCCUAAAUGAAAAGCAGGAGAAAUGGCUGGAGCAGAUGAAUCUGGAGGCUGAUGCUCAAAUCAAGAAGUGCAGCACCCAGUACAUCACCCGCUGUCCAACCAAGAGCUUAAGCCAAGAGCCCGUUGGAUCUGGAGAUGGCCAGCAGGAGAGGCCAAGGAGGCCACAGGCAUGGGCAGAGAACCAGCAGGGGGGGGGCAGAGACCCAGCAGAUAGAGGCUCAAGAAGAGGCUGA